AUGUGGCGCAAACGUAAAGCGUCCUCCUCUGUACCAGCGCGUUAUACAGACGAAUCCAGAAGUAAGCGAUUGAGAAACAACCUUAUCAUAUCCUCCAGCGAAGGCGAGGAAGAAGACGAGACAGAAGAUAGCGAAACCGGAGGCAGUGGAAACGACGAGGAGUGGGAUAUCAAGUGCAUCGUUGACGAGUCCGAUUCACAAUACCUGAUUGACUGGGAAGGCCCCUGGUCGCCAACCUGGGAACCGAAAGAGAACGCCAACGACGUCGCAGUCAAGGUCUGGGAGGAUAGAAAGAAACAGAGACGCAGUCGGACAAGAGCCCCGUCAUCCCUGCUUUUGCGAGCGCAUUCACAAUCGUCGCAGUCGUCGGCUUCGGACACCUCCGUCCAGAGUUCCGUGAUAGAACUCGAGAACACUGAGCCCGCUGAAUGCGAAGUACAACAACCGAUCCAGCAGGAUACUCCUCACCCGCGAAGCCAACGACAAGGUUCUCCCCUUUUCGUACCGUUUGACGCUGCGUCAUCAGACGAAGAAGAUAUCCCUUUGGUUGGCUCACCAAAAACGAGAGCACUACGUCUCGGCUCAUCGCAACGGGCCCUAUCUAGUUCCAGAGUCGUCUCAUCGUCCACCCAACAGUCCCGCAGCAUCCCCGUGUUUGAGUACGUACGAAAAUCUCCAAUCCCGCAGGAAUUCAUACUACCCGGCGAGUCGAAAGAGCCCCCCCUGAAUAUUUCGCAGGCAACAAGCACAUCUGAAUCCGCUCUUUUCGUGCCAGGGGGUGACAACGAACCGCACUCCGAUAGUCCGUGCGUUCCUGAGACAGAUCAACAGCCACAAAGGCUAAAAGAAGUCGGAGUACGUGAAAAAGCCAAUCUUAACAGGUUGCCUUUUCCAGAACGAACAACGUCUAAGGCUGGUAAAGAAGUUGAGAUAGCCGAGACGCCUCCUGCCUUGCUGGCCGCUCCGCAAACCCAGAAUACACCAUCCCGUGCCUCCUCUCGUGCCCAAGAAAGGGACACUGGAUUACAAGCUCCAACGCAGUCAAUAAACAUCCAGUCCAACUGGUCUCAAACUUAUUCAUCUAGCGGUACUACAUCAUCAGAAACAUACUCAUUCCAAACAACUAUCACUGCUGCUCGCACCAGACGCGCUACGACAAUACCAGAAUCAGUUAUCCCAAGCCAAAAUCAAGGUUCAACAGAUAUACGUUCACAGGCCGGAAACCGCUGCACUUUGCCCACCCGUGAUACCCGUCUGAGAUAUUCACGAAUCAAUACAAUGGACGGCCAAAACCAAAGCCCAAGGGCAACUCCGACUGGUAGCGUCAUGGAUAAAUACAGCCAUAUUGAAGGCGCUACUCCGAGGGAAAAGAUGAGAAACGCUUAUGCCCAGCUUCAGGCCAAAAGUAGUCUAUUUUCCCAGAAUCCAGAACCUAGUGCAACCCCAUCUUCUGCAGGAGAUAUUGAUUCUUCGGCCCCAUUAUCGGUUCCGGAAACAGCACCGCUGAGUGUCAGACAUGAAAAGGAACCGGCUCAUCCUGCUCAACCAAACAUUUCUGCAGCAUCAUUCGAGCCGCCAACUCAGAUGGAGCACUCUACAGUGCAAACUAUCCAACCCAGCGCGUUGACAUUCAGUCUCGCACAGGAUAUCUCACCGAGCUCUGUUCACCUUGGGCCAUCGGAAUUUGCCAUACCGCUUCCGAUGGAUUCAAGAGUCAAAGAUGAUUAUGAACGCAUUCUGGCGGAUGGGUCGCAACUUAUUAGGAACUUUGUUUGGGCCUCGGAACCAAAUGCAAACAUAGCUGCAAGUCAGCGCUGGAAUCUUGUUCCAAAAGUACAGGAGAUUUUGGAGAAGCUGAGCAAUGUGUCAACCCACCCUGACCUAAAUAUUGCCGAGCAUAUCAGCGAGUCAGAGUCGGAUUUGCAAAAAGAAGCGGCUUGGGCGGAGUAUUCCAGCGCAAAGUUUCUCUUCUUAGGAUACCUUGUUCAACUUGCAAGCGACAGAGAUUUGCACCUCGUGAUCAUGGUCCAGGGAGGAAAGACUCUCCAGAUUUUGGAGCGUUAUCUGUUGGGUAAAGGCCUUACAUACACACGGCAACGCCAAGAAAUGGGGGCUGGCACCAACAUGGAAGUUUCCAUGGUAAAAGGGUCAUUGAGCUUCGGAAUUCAGUCAACGCAGAGUGAAGGUGUUAUUGAGACUUAUAAACGACCGUCCGCAAUUAUUUCCUUGGACAGGUCUUUCAACGCGAAGAGUCCCUCGGUCGAGCACAUGCGCACGACUUAUGCUCGCGACGGAAGCUUAUUACCAGUAAUUCGCCUUCUUGUCUCCAACACUAGCGAACAUAUCGAGUGCUGUUUCCAUGAAGUUUUUGGGCUUCAGCAUCUGCGGUUGGUCAUACAGUAUUCCGUUCGCCUACGUGAUACGGUUGGUGAUCUUCAAGACAAUGCGCUUGGCGUAAGUGAAGACGCCGAAGAAGUCUUGUCGUGCCUUCAGUCCGACAACUUUCACGCAAACUGGCCCCUGCCAGCGAUUGAGCCUUUGCAGAUAUUCGAUCCUGAGGAACUAGAUUCCGCUGUGAACAAAAACCAGAGUGAGGCCAACACUGAAAGUGAGCCAACCUCCUCCACUCAGAAACGUGGAUAUGUGGAGGAUACUGAAACACCAACUUCCAAACGCCAACGUGUAGACCCCUCCCAAGAUAUAAGUCAGUUCACGGCGGAAUCAAUGAAAUUCCCCAGCCAAACUCUGGGUACUGGCCUACAAGCCCUGGAAAGCAACCUUGUACAGAUGAAGACUACACAUGCAGCUGAGCUUGAGAAGCUUCGGAAGACUUUAGCGGAGACACGGUCCCGUUUGCAGGAGAGAGAGAAAGCAAUGGAAGCGCUUCAACACCGCUAUGAAUACCGAACUCGCGAACUCCACAAAGUCCGACAAGAGCGUGAUCGAUUGGACCAGGCCAAGACUUCCGCCGAGCAGAGGUCAGAGAGACAGAAGGAAGAGCUCACAAGAGUCAAAGACGAGCGUACGGAACUGAGACACGAGCUUGAAAAAGCCAGAGAAUCUCUCAAGGAAGGUGGUGGCAACAUGGCGGAGCUAGAGAAGGCGCAGGAAGAAAUUCGCCGCCUAACGAAGGAACAAGCCGGCCUGGAGCGAAAAGCAGAAUACGAAAAGAAUCAAGCCGAAUAUACCCGCGAACAGUACCAGAACGCCUCUAAAGUGGCUGCCCAAUCCGGGAACGAGAACCGCCAGCUGCGCGACGAGAAUGAGAAACUCAAACGCAAAGUCGAGGGCGACGCUACUCGCCUGCGAGAGAUCAACAAGAAGAACGACGAGUCUCGACAUCUAUCGCGCGUCGAAGAACUUGAAACCAUCCUUGCCUCUCGGGAGGAUUUGCUACGCAGGAAGGAAGAGGAACUACGUGAGAUUCGCAAGAACCGACCAUCUACUCGUUCUACAAGUACACCGCGGAGCCCCAAAUGGGCCGCGACAAGUCGGCCGGGUAGCCCUGGUAUCAAUAACAACAACAAUAGUGGCAACGGCAACGGCUUGAGUUAUGGGAAAGGGAGCGCAUUGAGGUUCAGUUCGGAGAUGUCGCUGUGA